UAUAUUUACACUUCCAGUAUGAGUCAGUGAAGGCCGAGUACAGUACACAGGCCCUCAUUUGAUACUUUGUACUGGGGGGCUUAGCCUUUUAUACUGUAAUCUCUGGAAUGCUGUGGAAUGAAUAAUGUUAGCACAGGGACUUAACCACAUUACACUUAGUACCAAUCUACAGGACGGAGGACGGGAACGGGACUCUCCCGGAAGUGAAAUAACGCCACACCGUGUGGACAGAGUAGAGUGACCAGUUACUGCUUAAUUAGUUACUGACCAUCUUGGUCAUUUUUCUGACCUGUUUGACCAGUGGAUUAGAUCUAGGAUACUGAAAGGAAACAAAGGAUAUUCAGGAAGGCAAUGGCACAUCUCCAGUGUUUAGUAAAAGUGAAUCUCCAAUUACAAAAAGCAACGAAUCCGAACUCUCGGGACAUUCAGCGUGGACGAUAAGUUCUCUGGACUCUGCGGGCAGUGAUAACAGUGGUAGCCUUCGUAACGGAACUCAAGACAAGCCAGACUCAGAAGUUGAUGGUCUAGACGAGUUUGAUGAUUUUAAACUGCCAGAUUUGGGUCUUUCAAUGGACCUUGAUUUUGGGCCAUCUUUCAUGGAUGAAAUGAUGAAAGCUCUAAGUGAGAAAACAACAGAUGAUUUCACAGUGGAAAAGAAGGAAGAGAAAAGGGAAGACACACAACAGGCAGAGACACAGGAGUUCAAAGAAAACACUCCAGUUUCAGACACCCCCAGCAGAGAGAGCUCUUCAGAAAAGGAGAUCAGAUACUCGUGGGGUUCCCAAGAGGAGCUGCUCAGUAGCUCCAGUGAUGAACUCAAACACAAAGAUGACAGCGACAAGAAACAUGGAGGACAGAAGAGGAGGAGCAAAUUAAAAUUGACUCCUUUCAAAGAGGACAAAGACAAGUCAGAGAGCAGGAGCAAAGAGAGACAUUCGUAUGUGAAGCAGCUCUCUGCGUCUGACGAGAAGCAACUGGAAACGGCAAUUGCCAUGGCGAAUCAAAUCGCCCAGGAACAGUUGACACCUAAAUCGCCAAAAAGUACUGAUGAAGACGAUGGAAACGACACUCCAUCGAGAAAGUCAAAGUUCAGUUUUAAGUUCCCAGUAAAGAAGACCAGUCCGCAGCCUGAGAAAAGGACAUUUUCAGACGAGUUAGCGCGGAGUGCUGACGCAAAUGAGGACAUACCUCCAGAAGCACAAGAGGCUUAUAAUAUGCUAGUGGUUCGUGGGUCCGUGAAAGAGAAAUGGGAACCCCCAAAGAGGGAGUCGGAAUGGGAGCCAAAAAAGAAAGAAGAGGAAGAGGAUGAAGAAGAAGAUGAACGUUCAGACAGACCCGAGGUGUACAGGGGAUCGUCGAGUGCGAUACAGUCUCGACCAUCUCACUCACGACAGCAGCGGUUACAACGCUCUCAGGAGCAUCAGCGCAGAACUUCAGAGUCUGGUGAGUCUGGCAUCGCGGCUGCUAAUCGUAACCUCAAAGACCCUCAGGGUAUCCCAGCACGAGAUACCUCAAGCAAAGAUGAAGAAAGUGUGAAUCCACUGAGGAUGUUGAGAGCCGGAGGAGGUGGUUUUGUGGUUCCGCCAAGAUCCAGUGGACGACGUCAGAUGGUUGGCCGGGGUGGAAAUACUGACUCUGAGGCGCCUCGACCUGUCCCGCGUCCACGCUAUGCAGCACGUCUCAAUGCUGAUAAGAAGGAAGAGAGUAAUAGUGCUGAGAGUUUGGGCAGCGGAGGAAGUGGAAGCAGUGGAGGACGCACCUCCAUUCAGAAACCAAGUUACUUUCGUAAAUUCCAAGAAUUUGACGAUGCUUUAAAGGGAAACUCUUCCGAGAGUGAUUCCAAGGAAUCUAUAGAUAAAGUAGGCACUGAGGGACGGGAGAGACCUGACAUUUCAAACCCUCUGCCUCUGCCACCAAGAAAACCUUUAAGGCCCUCAACAUUGAACCAGAAGCCAAGGGAGAGAAAGUACCCUUUGGAAAAUGAAGGAGAAUCGAGAGAAAGGCGCUCGCACCUGCCACAGCCCCCACCAGUUCCUCGGAGCAAUGGGGCAUUUGAUCGUGAAGAUGAGGUAUUUAGUUCUGACCAAUCAGAUCGCAGUGCGUCCCCGGGGACGUUAGUUAGCAAAGCACACAUAGCCAUGAGGACUGUCCAUUGUAACAAUGACGAAAUUGGACUUAAUAAUAAUCUUGAUCCCUUCUGGAGGGAGGAAGUGAACUUUGAGCGCCUUCCCCAGGGCGAGAUUAAAUACAAAACUUCGGACAAUGUUAGUUAUGAGGACUUAAUGGAAUUUGCCUUGGAUACCGGAGAAUCUGGGAAACCGUGUAGAGAGGUGGAAGCUAUGCAGAAAAUUCUUGGAAAGCAGAUAGCUAUCAGUGACUGUCGCCAGGCUUUGGAUAGCACCCAAUGGGACGUCCCCACCGCCAUUAAGUACAUCAAGCUGAAGAUGUUACUGAGCACACAGCUGGGAGAUGUGGCCAGGUGUAAGGAGGCUCUGAGGAACUGUUCCUGGAAUGUGGAGCAGGCAGCUAAUUACCUGCUGUCCAAUCCUGACUACAGCCCUGAGUGUGUGGAUGUGUGAUUGUGUUGUCACAACCGGGGAUUGUCACACCUACUGCAAUCACAGUAUAUUGGAAUGUUGUGGAUUGUACGGCAUUGCCAACUUGACAGUUCUCAGAAGGCAUAGAUUAAUUGUCUUACGUCUUAUUAACAGUGGAAUGGUGUCUGCAAACAAUGGGAAUCUGACCUAAAGAAUAUGCUUGAUUGUGACAAGUUGGCAGUUGUUAAUGUGUUGUCACGACUGAAUGUGUCACACCUAACGCAAUGAUGAAAAAAACUAGGACUGCAUCGAUUGUGAUUGUGUUGACACAACCACAUUUUCACACCUAACACAUCUGGUAAUACAAGUAGAAGGACAGAUAACUUGAUUGUGAUUCUGCUGCCAGGAUAUCUAAUAGAACUUCGCCUGACUGCACAGCACACUGUAUAGCUGUGUGCCUGAUUGUGCUAACACAACCAAACUAUCACACCUAACGCAAUGUGUGUGAUAUUGAAUUUUUACCAGGAAAUAAUUGCACUGUUGAGGUCAUGAGACUGACCUUGAGGUUAUAUUCCUGAGAGUUGAACUCUCCCGAUUGUGGCGUGAUUGUUCAAAAGAGAGGUCUGGACCUUUUAUUCAGAGGGAUAUGAAAUAUCUGCCAAAAUAGAAGGAAAUGUGUAUCAGUGAGAGUUCUGGUCAUAAUACAAAACUGCAUCUUGACUAUAUGGUCUACAUUCAAUUUGACGUAUGGAUAUUGUACAUGUACAAGAAUUUUCCUCAUUAUGUAAUGCAGUCUACUCGCUGCUCAAGUUUGUAAAAAAUGUAUCAUGUUGUAACGUAGAGGCUUUUUGCUUGGAUGUAUUAUUAAUAACAGCUUUUAGUAAAGAGUCUUAAAAAGAAUACUGCCAUGGAAUAGUCAGAUGUUUUGUGUAUGAAAUGAGUGAUGGAAAACUAUGCACUUCAAUGCUGCUCUUGAAAUAUGCUGCAAUUGAUGUUUGCUACUUUGCUAAAUAAUGGCACAACGAGUACAUUUCUAUUACUCAGAGUCUGAUAUUUGUUAUGGAAAGCGUCUGGUUUAUUUGAAUAUAUGAAAUAUGUCAUGUUUAGCAUGAUUGGUCUGGACGUGGCAACAGUAAAGAAGUGAUAUAUAAUUGGAUUAGUACAAACAUGCUAGACCUUGUCUAAUGAACCAUCUAACAAGAUACAUAAGCUUCUGAAACAUGUUUUUUUUUUUUAUUCAUGGAAUAAAUUGUCUGAAAGCAAGACUUAGGCCCUUUUUAAA